AUGGACCUUGAAGCCGCGGGGAAGAAAAGACUCUUGCAGUUGAAUGAGUUAGAUGAAUCCAGGCUGCACUCGUAUGAAAAUGCUAAGCUUUACAAAGAAAAGACAAAAAGAUGGCAUGACAAGCAUAUCAAACCGCGUCACUUCGAGUCAGGCCAACAGGUAUUAUCGUUCAAUUCUAGACUAAGGCUAUUUCCUGGAAAGUUAAAAUCGAGAUGGACAGGCCCGUUUGAGGUAGUGAGAGUCACUCCUUAUAGUGCAAUUGAGUUGCGAGCUUUGAAUGGUGAAAGAAAUUUUUUGGUGAAUGGACAUAGAGUAAAGCAGUAUUGGGGAGGAAUAAUUGAUCGUGAGAAGACCAAGGUUGUACUCGCUGAUGAGUAA